GCGCAGGGGCUUAGCCUUUGGCUCACAGGACGCGAUCGCGAGGAGCGCCUGGCCGACGAGGAGGCGCUCAUCGACUUCGCCGUCCUCCUAGCGCGGGUCGUCGGGAGGACCGAGGGGGCCAUCAAGCAGAAGCUCUUCGCGGUGCGGUGCGCCCACCUGGUGGCCGGCUACUCGGAUCCCUUGCUCCACAGGGGUCGCCUCUGGAGCACCCUGGCAGGGCUAAAACGCUGGCAGGGGCCCGAGACCAAGCGGAAGAAGCCCGUCACGCCAGCCAUGCUCGAGUGGCUCCGCGGCUUUCCCCAGCAAGAAGCCAAGCUCCCCGAGGAGGAUGCGGUGGUCAUCUGGGCGGCCAUUGUGACAGCGUUUUUCUUCCUCCUGAGGGCUUCAGAGUACCUCCUCCAGCGAGUGGUCAGCUUCCAAGACGCCGACGAGAUGGUGAUCUACAUCAAGGGCAGCAAGACGGACCAGCUCAACGUCGGGACGGUGAGGAACCACUACCGCCACGGCACGACGCUCCGCCCGAUCGCGGCGAUGGAGCGGCUCCAGGAAAUCGGCAGCCAUUCCCUGAGGAUCGGCGGGGCGACUGCAAUGUACCACGUGACCGAGGACCUCUCCCGCGUGCGCCGAUUCGGGCGCUGGCAGUCGGACGCGUUCCACGGCUACCUGUGGGAGUCGCACGAGCCGAUGAAGGGCAUCUCCGGCAAGAUGGCCAGGGGCACCUCCUCGCUGACUAACCCGGCGAAGGACAAC